AUGGAAAUGGGAACAAGGCUAAGUCCUUCGUUAGAUAAAUCUGUUGUUGAUUUAACUCCUUAUAGAAGCAUGAUAGGUUCUUCACUUUACCUCCCGACAAGUCGACUUGAUAUUAUGUUCUCUGUUUGUAAUUGUGCUAGGUACCAGGAAAAUCCACGAGAACCACAUCUCACUACAGUUAAGAAUAUUUUUCGUUAUCUCAAAGGCUCUAUUUCGUUAGGAUUGUGGUAUCCUUCGAAAACUGGUUUCUUCAUACAAGCUUUCUCAGAUGCUGAUUUGGGAUGUUUUAAUCUUGAUCGAAAAAGCACGAGUGGAGGAUGUCAAUUACUUGAUGGAAAAUUGGUGUGUUGGCAAUCGAAGAAGCAAACUUUUGUCUCGAUUUCCACCACAAAACCAGAAUAUGUUGCUGCUGCAACUUGCACAUCACAAAUAAUUUGGAUUCAAAGUCAAUUGCGUAAUUAUACCAAGCAUAUUGCUGUUCCUUACCAUUUUAUAAAGUAUCAUGUGGAGGAUGGAAAUGUUGAAGUGCAUUUCGUGAAAACUACUGAUCAAUUGGUUGAUACUUUCACAAAACCAUUAGAUGAAAAAUCAUUUGUGAGAACUUUAGGAGGACUUGGAAUGGUCAAAGGGGAGUCUGUUUUGAAAAAAUAG